ACACUACCACGCGUGCGCAGAAGCAGCUUUCUCCUAGGAGCAACUCUGUAACAACCGAAUACUCGUACGCAUGCGCAGAAUCCUCAGCGCCGACUCGUGACAACUGCCGCGCCGCUUUCCAAGUUACUGCGUCACCUAGCACUGCGCAUCCUCCGUGGUGUCGCAGCUGACUCAUCCGGACUUGUAUCAUCCUCUAAGAUGGCGGACCCACGGCUGAGGCAAAUAAAGAUCAAAACUGGCGUAGUGAAGCGUUUGUCCAAGGAAAAAUUAAUGUAUGAAAAAGAAGCCAAACAACAAGAAGAGAAGGUGGAGCGCAUGAAAAGUGAGGGAGGGGAUGAGUACGUCAUCAAAAAACAGAUUGAAGUACUGCAGGAAUCUCGUAUGAUGAUCCCAGAUUGCCAACGCAGGCUAGAAGCAGCUCACACGGAUCUUGCACAGGUCUUAGAGAAUGAAAAAGACUUAGAAGAGACAGAGGAAUUUAAAGAUGCCCGUGCCAUGGUGGACUCUGUGAAAUUAGAAGCGUAAAACGCUCUCUGUGGCCUCCAUUUUUAUGCUAUAUUAUUCCACUGUCCUGUUUUGAAAAAUGGGAAAAAUCUAAUGCAUUUCCAUAGCCUAAAAAUAAAAAGAAACUUGAUUGCAAUUGUAUAGCUUCUAGGAUUUAGAUAAUAUAUUGGUUUAUUUUAUACAGGUAUAUAGCAGCGUCAUUCCAGGUUAGUUCAGGGGAAAUGCUAAGGCUUCCUUAGGUCGUACAGUGAGCACUUCUCAAGGUUGGAUAGAAGGUCGGAGAUGACAUGUCACACAGGUCUGAUAUAAUGAAAUAAGUCACUGACUAACAAAGAUUAACAUGGCGCAAUACGUCUUAACACUUCAUUGUUAAUGCACAAGCCUGUAAUAGGAGGGAACUGGUUUAUCUCAGGAAUAUACCAUGUCACUAGAUUUACAGGUAUGCCUGCUUUAUCAGUUGUCGUGUUUGUCAGCUGCUGCGGGAAAGCCCUGUGUGUUUUCUCAUAGGAAAAGACGCAGCGUAUUUCCCGCUGUGCAGCGUGUAAUACGAUGCGUAUACGCAACGUGUGAUCCUACCCUUAGAAAUGUACCUCCUAGUCCUAGUUUGAGAGUGAAAGUUAAUAAAGUUUCUUAAGACCUAGAAACCCCAUUGUUUAAGUCUCAUAAUUCCACAUGUAAUAUGUAUGUACACUGUGCAAACGUUAUCUGAUAUAUACUACCUGUUAACCAUCAGACCAGAACACAUGAUGUGGAAUAAAAUAUUGCCUUCCUGUU